CCCGCCCUGCCGGAAGGACCGUCUCGCCGCCUCCUGAACUUGGUGGUGGUGGUAGCGCGGGGAUGGAAGCGACGGCAGAUACAGCGGCGAUGGCGGUAACCGCGGCUCCGGGAAGCGGCGGCCCCAGCGUGGACGCCCGGCUGGACCAGGAGACGACCCGGUGGCUGCGAUGGGACAAGAAUCCUUUAACUAGGGAGUCAGUGAAACGACUACUUGAAGAAGAUAAUAAAGAAGAACUGCAGAAAUGUUUUGGGGCUCGAAUGGAGUUCGGGACAGCUGGUCUCCGAGCUAUGAUGGGAGCAGGAAUCUCUCGUAUGAAUGACUUGACCAUCAUCCAGACUACACAGGGACUUUGCAGAUACCUGGAAAAACAAUUCAGUGACCUCAAGCAAAGAGGUGUUGUGAUCAGCUUUGAUGCUCGAGCCCAUACAGCAAGUGGAGGCAGCAGCAGAAGGUUUGCCCGGCUCGCCGCAACCGCGUUUAUCAGCCAGGGGAUUCCCGUGUACCUCUUUUCUGAUAUAACCCCGACCCCCUUUGUGCCCUACACAGUAUCACACUUGAAACUUUGUGCUGGAAUCAUGAUAACUGCCUCUCACAACCCAAAGCAGGAUAAUGGUUACAAGGUCUACUGGGAUAACGGGGCUCAGAUCAUCUCUCCUCAUGAUAAAGGGAUUGCCCAGGCUAUUGAAGAAAACCUAGAGCCAUGGCCUCAGGCGUGGGAAGAUUCUAUAAUCAAUGACAGUCCCCUCCUUCAUGACCCAAGUGCUUCCAUCAAUAAGGACUACUUUGAAGACCUUAAAAAAUACUGUUUUCACAGGCAUGUGAACAGGGAGACCCAGGUGAAGUUUGUGCACACCUCAGUCCACGGUGUGGCCCACCACUUCGUGCAGUCAGCGUUCAAAGCUUUUGACUUUGCUCCUCCUGUGGCUGUUCCUGAACAGAAGGAUCCCGAUCCCGAGUUCCCAACAGUGACGCACCCGAAUCCUGAAGAGGGUGAAAAGGCCUUGGCUUUAUCUUUUGCUUUGGCUGACAAAACCAAGGCCAAAAUCAUUUUAGCAAACGACCCAGAUGCUGAUAGACUUGCUGUGGCAGAAAAGCAAGACAGCGGGGAUUGGAAAGUGUUUUCCGGCAAUGAGUUGGGGGCCCUCUUGGGCUGGUGGCUCUUUACUUGUUGGAAAGAAAAGAACCAAGAUCCCAGCGCUCUCAAAGACACAUACAUGCUGUCCAGCACCGUGUCCUCCAGAAUCCUGCAGGCCAUUGCCUUAAAGGAGGGUUUUCACUUCGAGGAAACUUUGACAGGCUUCAAGUGGAUGGGAAACCGGGCCAAGCAGCUAAUGGAGCAGGGGAAAAAUGUCUUAUUUGCAUUUGAAGAAGCUAUUGGAUAUAUGUGCUGCCCUUUCGUUCUGGACAAAGAUGGAGUCAGUGCUGCCGUCAUAAGCGCAGAGUUGGCCAGCUUUCUAGCAACCAAGAAUUUGUCUUUGUCUCAGCAGCUAAAUGCCAUCUAUGUUGAGUAUGGCUACCAUGUUACCAAAGGUACAUAUUUUAUCUGCCAUGAUCAAGGCAAUGUUAAAAAAUUAUUUGAAAACCUUAGAAACUACGAUGGGAAGAAUAAUUAUCCAAAAACUUGUGGCAGAUUUGAAAUUUCUGGCAUUAGGGAUCUUACAACUGGCUAUGAUGAUAGCCAACCUGAUAAAAAAGCUGUUCUCCCUACUAAAGAAAGCAGCCAGAUGAUCACCUUCACUUUUGCUAACGGAGGCGUGGCCACAAUCCGGACCAGUGGGACGGAACCCAAAAUCAAGUACUACUCGGAACUCUGCGCCCCGCCUGGAAAUAGUGAUCCUGAGCAGCUAAAGAAAGAACUGAAUGAACUAUUUAGUGCUAUUAAAGAACAUUUUCUCCAGCCAGAAAAGUAUAACAUGAAGCCAAAAGAGGGGUAAAAUAUCCCAGACUUGGGGCAUAAUUACGUUUACCUACAAUUAAGAUGAACUUGAUUUCUUAAGCAAUAUUUUCGAGGGCCAAAUAAUUUAAACUACUGCUACCAGUAUUUAUAUUUUCUGAAUAGACCUACAUUCCGCCUUGUUUUAUGUUUGAACUUUAAGGGAGAUAAAGAAAGAUGGCCAAAUCUAACAAACCAACAUUCCUAUUAAAAGGUUGAGCCUAAAUUUUAAAUGACAAUUUAAAAACUAACUCAUGGAGUUGCCCUUGUAGCUCAGCGGUAACAAACCUGAAUAAUAUUCUUGAGGGUGCCGGUUUGAUCCCUGGCCUCGCUCAGUGGGUUAAGGAUCCGGCAUUGCUGUGAACUAUGGUGUAAUUUGCAGACACAGCUCAGAUCUGGCGUUGCUGUGGCUGUGGCAUAGGCCAGCAGCUGCAGCUCUAAUUCAGCCCCUAACCUGGGAACUUCCACAUGCUGUGGGUGUGGCCCAAAAAAGCAGAAAAUGAAAUAAAAUAAAAAUAACUUUCAAAAAUAUAUUGCAAUUAAUAUGCUUUUACUAGAAUAAAUACCAAAUAUGUCUCUUCUCUAAAAUGCAUCUUUUGUAUAAUUGAAACAGUCAGAAAGCCUAUACAGUUAUUAAAUUCUGGGCUGUGGUAUCUAGAAUAGCCACUUUUACAUACAUGUAUAUUUAUGUUUCUCUCAAUUGCUGAUAAAAUGAACAGAUCAAAUCAUGUUUAGGGAAAAUAACAAUUCACAGGAAACUAUAACGUGGAGCAAAAGAUACUUUAAAGAGAAGUUUUAGACUUUUCGACAGAACCCUUUUUAGUUCUAAUAAUGCACCAUGAUAUGUUGUGUAUGUGCUAGGGGAAAAAACAAAACAAAACAGUUUAACCAUCUGUUAAUAUUCUUUUUGAAUCUCUUUAAAUCCUAAAUCAAACAGUUGGUUAUUUUAAACGUGCAGAGUAGAUUAUUGUAGUUUUUUUGCUUUGGCGCAAUGUAGUGCAGCUCUUAGUGCUGAGGCAGCAAGGACUAUAAGCAAUAACUACCUGACCUUGAUAUUUUUGCCCUCAUUCUUACGUGUUCAUAAUCUACAACUAGACUUUUCCAAGCUCCUAAUUUAAUCUGUACCUCCUUCUAAUUGAUGGCCUUAUAACCUUCCAAAAUGACCUCUUGAGUACCCAGGACCUAGGACCAAACUGUGCUUUUUAUAUACUUUAUGUAUUUUGUGCGAUUUUCUAUUUUUAAAGCAAAUAAUUGCCUAUUGUUAUUAUUAAGUUUCAGAUCAAUGAACAAUGACAGUACUACUGACAAUCAUGUUUCGAAUGUAAGGAAUAUUUGUAUAUCUUGGGGAUACAUAGUUUAUGCACUACCAAAACAAUAUUUGAUAAUUCUAUCAGCUGCUUCAUUGUAGAACCUAUAUUUAUUUUUGUUUGUUAAUGUUUCCUAGUCUUCAGCUGUACUCUGGAAAAAAGAAAUGGUAGAUCUGUAUCCUCUCCAUAAACUUUUUUUUUUGAACACGUGAAUUGUGCCCCAUCGCAGAGUUUGUUUCUGGAAAUUCGAAGGUGACAAAGACCCAGUCCUGCUUGAUGGAGUUCAGGGUCUAACUGGAGGGCUAAUAUGUAACUCUAAUAUGUACAAAUUCUGUAAUAAAGUUAUUUGCAAAAUA